GUAAUAAUUAAUAGCAUGCUAAUUGUGAUGGAGAUGAUGCGCUUUGUCUUAUUGUUCCAACGCAAUGGAAGAGAGCGAGAAAGCGGCGAAAUCCGGGUAAAAUGUAAGAGGAUUUGAUUCCCGACCACUGAAAGAGAUUAAGUCGACAGCAGUGCAAGUGAAAUUGUGCUGCAUAUAAAAAUAGGACGGAUUGGUCUUUCGAUGUGAGAUUGGUACCACCUUCUAUUCUGUAACACAAUCGCCAUGUACUCAAGUGAUCUCAUUUUUUAGGAACAUAGCACAAUUAUUCUGCUAUAGUAAAGCUUUAUUCUUGUGGAUUUGGGCUGGUAGAUGACUAAUUUGCUGUAAACCGGGAAGAGUUUCGAUGAAGAGUGCGCGAGAGCUGCGCGCGCUCAGCAGCAGCAUCAUCAUCAUCAGCAGUAGCAGCAGCAGCCUCGAGCUCAAAUUCAGCACAGCUCACAUCUCAGAGCAUCAUCUCCUCGCAUCCAGACAUAAAAGACGUUUGCAAAAGUUUGACGAUAAGGUGCGAUCGAUUUAACGUAAGUGCAUAAGACUUGAUGGUUGUGUCUUGCUGGAAAUUGUAAAAACCGAUGGUUGGGGGAUCACAACGGCAUUGAAAGGUAGUGCCAUAUUCCUGGAAAUCUAAAAUUGAUUAUGAGUGAGGAUUCAUCCUUUGGAGAAUGAUGUGGGGUGGAAGAGGAGCAGCUUGGCUUUGGAUUUGGGCCUGUUUACUGGUGACCAGUGUUCUGGCUGGAAAAAGCUCCAAUCAGAAUACAGAUGAGCAGAAAGACAACACCACAGUUUUCACCAGGAUUCUGGACAGCCUCCUCGAUGGCUAUGACAACCGUCUUAGGCCUGGUCUUGGAGAGCGUGUAACCGAAGUCAAGACUGACAUUUUCGUGACGAGUAUUGGGCCAGUCUCAGACCAUGACAUGGAGUACACCAUAGAUGUGUUCUUCAGGCAGAGCUGGAAGGAUGAGAGGCUGAAAUUCAAAGGUCCCAUGGCAGUGCUCCGUCUCAACAAUCUCAUGGCUAGCAAAAUCUGGACCCCUGACACAUUUUUCCACAAUGGCAAGAAGUCAGUCGCCCAUAAUAUGACCAUGCCUAACAAACUUCUUCGGAUCACAGAAGAAGGAACUCUGCUUUACACCAUGAGGCUUACAGUCAGAGCUGAAUGUCCGAUGCACUUAGAGGACUUCCCAAUGGAUGCCCAUGCUUGCCCUCUCAAGUUCGGCAGCUAUGCCUACACAAAGGCUGAAGUGGUGUAUGUAUGGACACGAGGGGCAGCACAAUCUGUGGUUGUGGCUGACGACGGCUCCCGCCUCAACCAGUAUGACUUGAUGGGACAGACUGUCGACUCGGGUGUGGUGCAAUCCAGCACUGGAGAGUAUGUUGUCAUGAAAACACAUUUCCAUCUCAAAAGGAAGAUUGGUUACUUUGUCAUCCAGACGUAUUUGCCAUGUAUCAUGACCGUGAUCCUGUCCCAGGUGUCCUUCUGGCUAAACAGGGAAUCUGUCCCUGCCAGAACUGUGUUUGGAGUGACCACUGUCCUUACCAUGACUACCCUAAGUAUCAGCGCGAGAAACUCUCUCCCCAAGGUGGCCUAUGCCACAGCCAUGGACUGGUUCAUUGCUGUUUGUUACGCCUUUGUCUUCUCGGCUCUCAUAGAGUUUGCCACGGUUAACUACUUCACAAAGAGGGGUUACGCCUGGGAUGGGAAAAGUGUGGUGCCAGAAAAGCAAAAGAAGAAGAAGGAGUCAUUGCUGAAAAAGAACAACACCUACACUGCUGCAACAGCAACAGCUUUUGCUCCGAACAUUGCCAGAGACCCUGGUUUGGCAACUAUUGCUAAAAGUGCCCCCCCUCCUCCAACCGAGCCCAAGGAAGAGCCAAAACCCAAACCUCCCGAGGCAAAAAAGACCUUCAACAGUGUGAGCAAGAUCGAUAGGAUUGCCAGAAUAGCCUUCCCGUUGCUCUUCGGAACCUUUAACUUAGUGUAUUGGGCCACUUACUUGAAUAAAAAACCCAAAUUACAGGGUGCCCUGCAACCACACUAAGUCUAUCUACUCUGUCUUUUUUCCCCAUAUGUUUCUAAACAAUUACGAAAAAAGUGAAAAGAAACAAUUUGUCUCAAAUUUGUUUCGAUGUUAGUCAAGUUCCCACUUUCAAAUUUGUGUCAACAUAUGUAACAUACUGUAUCUUCCUAUAUGAUAAAGAGAGGGACUGCAUUAUGUACAAACCACUGCAUUGGAAUGGAACUAGACACUAGUAGAGUGUCUAAAGUGGACCAUCGAAAUAGUGUAAUAAAAAUAGUUUAAAACUCAUUUCCUUAAGGAAUAGUUCACCCAUAAAUACAUUUUCUGUCAUUAUAUACUCUUCUUCAUGUUAUUCCAAUCCUGUCUGAUCUUGUAGAACACAAAAUGAGACACUUUGCUCUUUUUGUUACAAUGGCAGUUUAGUGACUAUGUCUGUCCAGACCUGAAAAGGACAAACACACCAACAAGCACCAUAAAAGUAAAAAUAUACCGUACACUUCAUUCCAAGUCUUCUAAAGUCCCGUUCCUCACAAGAAGCUACCACAUGGCUUUAGAAGAUUUACAGUAUAAAUUUUGUAUAGAAUAUUUUUAUGGUGCUUUCAUUGUCUUUUUUAUGUGGUGACUAUGUAGGUGUAUGUGCAAAAUUAAAAAAAAUAAAAAAAUAAAUAACUUCUACUUCUGUGUUCCAGAAAAAAACAAAACAAAAUAAAAAACAGCCUACAGUUUGAGUAAAUGGGGGAACUAUUCUAAGAUGUUUAUUUCGACAUUUAAAUAUGUUUUUGCAUUACAUUAGCAAUGUACAUGGAAUAAGUUUGCAUGGGUGAAGCUUUUCUAUACCCAAUCAACAGCUUGAUUUAAACUGUCAUGUGUUUCUCUGUUUUCUUUAGCCUGUGUUUUAGAUCUUAUGUUAUUUGACAUAUUCUACUAGGGUUCCAUUAACAGCAAUAAAACAUGUCUCAGUGGAGAAAAAAAAAAUACUCAUGGAUAUGAAAAUUGAAGAGAACUUAAAAAAGAUUAAAGUGUAUAUCAUAGAGCAUACUAUUUAUUUAGUUUUCAUGUAAAUAUAAAGUGUUAGAGAUGUCAAUAUUAAUUUUGAGCUUUGCUAAAUGUAACUACAAGGUACAAACUCAGUGCUUGCCAGAAAGAGUGAUUUUGUGUUUCGAUUUGUGCAGAUCAUUGAGAAAAUUUGGGUAUGUAAUUUUUUUUUUUUUUCAGAGAUCUACUAGACACUAGUUUGGAUUCACCUUUACAUGAUUAUAAUACAUAAAUGAAAACCAAGUAUACAUGUGCAGUUGUACAUUUUAUAAAGAGUUUAAGAGGAGGGACUACAGUAGAUAUUUAGAAAAAAAUGUAAACUUCUGUCUUGAUGUCAGAAUGCAAUUUUAUAUUUAGCAUUGAAAAUAGUCUUUAGUCUUUAUUUUGGUAGAUGGUUUUUGAAACAUUGUGGCUGGUGCACAAUUAUGGCAUUAGGGUUUUCACUUAUGUGCUGUUACUCGCUAGCAUCACUUUAGUGUGAUCAAGUCAGAGUGGAUCAAGAGUAGUGCCUUGUAUAUAUUUGCAAGUUGAAAGGGUACUUUCUUAGAAGGUGCUCUACUUUAGUUUGUUUUAAUUUUAUGGGCAACCUUUUAAAAACGUCACUGAAAGAAAGUAUCAGCCACACUGCCUUUUGUCUCACAAGUCAUAGUGAACAUAUAAACAUAAUCCAUUACAGACAUGUUUGUCCCUGCUUGUUAAUGCAAACUAAAAGAAAACAUAUCUAGGUAUUAUCCAUGUAUGUGAAUACACUGUUCUACAUAUAAAUAUGUCUUGUAAUGCUAUAACAAUGCCAAUUUUUUUUUUAUGUUUGUGGCAUGUCAGUUGCUCAAGCACCUAUUAAAAAACAACUUAUAAAGGAGUAUCCUCUCUAUUUUUGGAUUGAGAGAGAGAGAGAGAGAAAAAAAGUUCUUUUAAAUGAAGAACUUUGACAUAAUCAUACUUUACUUUGAUGUAGCAAUAUAGAUUAGUAAGGGCUUUUUUUGUGAUUGAAGUGAUAAAAGGCACACCAUUAUGAUCAAUUUGAGUUGCUAUUCUUGGUAUGUUAAUGUAUGCCUAAGUUGGCAGUGCUCCUCUGUUUUUGUCAAUUUGUUACUUUCUUUAUUUAAAAAUACACUUUUUUUUUUUUUUUUUUUCAAAAUUUUGGAAUGGAUGUUUUUGGGGUAGGUCACUGGAUAAGGAUAUUUCUGGCACAUUAUCUGGACUUUGUGAUGCAGAUAAAUGUCAUGUUACCCCACUUUAUUAUAUACUUCGAUCUUCACAAGAACCUCUUUGAUAGUACCUGGGAAUUUGCUGAGUUUGUGCCAGAUCGAGCAAAGACUGGAAGUUUACUCUGGGAUAUGUGUGAAAACAGUAUGCACAUGCACAGUCAUGGAGUCCUUUGGAGCCAGACUUUUGUGAAUGCGAUAAAAUUUUGAGUUAAUUGUGGUUUAAACUCAAUAUCUUAUCUUGUAUUGAAACAGUGUGUGUGUGUAUAUAUAUAUAUAUAUAUAUAUAUAUAUAUAUAUAUAUAUAUUUAUAUAUAUAUAUAUAUAUAUUUAUUAUCCAUGAUGAUACUUGUUCUAAAGAUGCAGCAUUUUAUUUGUACCAACCUGUUGUUAUGCAUUUUGCACAUUAGAGGCAUAUUUGAUAUUUAUGUAGUCAGCUUUGUGCUAUGCAAGGAUAGCUUUAAAUCAUAUUAAUUAGCUUCGCACCCCUCAUCACUGUCGUUUUCAAUAUAUAUUGUAAAAAUUCAGUUACAAACUGUGCACCCUAUUUAGCUGUGGGACUGUUUGUCAUUCAGAAAAUCUAAAAAAAAAAUGGGUUGUUCAGUUUUGGAAUAAUCCAUUUCAAAGAUAUGGUAAUGUGGCAAUAAAAAAGACAGAUUGAAAAUAAUUCAGUUAGUGUAAUAUAAUAUGUACGUACACAUCAAUUAAUAGAUAAAUUUAGAUUGUUUUGUUGCAUCUAAUAAUAUUUUUUUGAUUGUGUUAUGAAUUAAGAAUUUGUAUUUUUUUUAUGGGAGAUUAUAGCAUUUCAUAUGCAUACCAGAUUGUGAAAGUGGUUUUAUUUUUUGAUUUUGCAGUGUACUGGAUAAACCCAACACAUGCUGUAAUUAAAAAAACUACAUUUGUGCUUUGCAAAAGUUGAAGUAACUACUAACUUUAAAGGAUGAACAUGCGCAUACAUGGCCAUUGGCACAAACAGCUAUGUGCACAAGUCCAGAGUGAAAGAAUGAUUUAUUCUGUACUGUAUACUGGGAAAUGGCUAUUGUCUUUGUAAAGGUUUGCUUUCUUAAUGUUAUAGCCCUGUAUAAUUUGAUUAUGUUCAUUAGUCAUACAAUAAAAGGAAAAAAAGAAA